UGAAUGAGUUACCUGCAAGGCAGCUGCAGGCUGGGCUUUAACCAGAUAAUAAGGCCAUUGCCUCUUGCUGAAGAGUUUACCCUUGUGAGAAGGAAAAUCACUUGGAAAGGAAAGACAGUUUCUCCAUUGACUCCUCGUCGAGGAAGGAACAGGAAUAGAGAAACUGUGCUACUUCAAUCAAAAUGGAUGAUGCUUAUAAUUACUGAGUGAUUUUAGGACGUCUCAUCUAUGUGUACAAGAUGAUUACCUGGCUAUUCUCACUGAUGAGUAUUGAGAUGUUCCUCUUGGCAGCAUCUUGUAGGAAUUGGCAUAUCGUACCUGAAGAGGGCAGCAUUGCUGGAGGAACAUGGAUCACCAUUGUUUUUGAUGGUUUGGAAUGGAGUCUACUCUAUCCCACCAAUGGCUCUCAGUUGGAGAUAAGUCUGGUGAAUGUGGAAAUUCCAUGGCUGCCACACGUCCCAUGUGACAUCUCUCCGGUCUAUGAAGAUUUUUCUGUUGUAAGAUGCCAAACCAGGUCUCUGCAGGGGGAGACACAGGAAGGCCUGUACUGUCUGGAAGUUCGUUCUGGUGGGCAGGUGUUGAACAGUCUGAGCGAAGGUUCCUGGGAUAACUGUACUUUCAAGUUUUCCAAGGCACAGACACCCGUUGUUUACCAAGUCACCCCACAGUCUGGAGUGCCAGGCAGCUUAAUACAAGUCCAUGGCUGGAUUAUUACUGGAAGGAUUGAAACCUUUGAUAACAAUGUUGAGUACAUCGAUAGUCCGCUCACUCUUCAGGCCCAAGGAGGAGAAUGGAUUACACUUUGCUCUCUUGUGGACAAAGAGACAGGAAACAGAUAUCCAGUUGAGGAGGACCUUGGCUUUGGAACCUUGCAGUGUCGGGUGGAAGGCCACUACAUUGGUUCACAGAAUGUUAGCUUCUCCAUAUUUAAUAAAGGAAAGUCAACUGUACACAAAGAUGCAUGGCUGAUCAGUGCUAAACAGGACCUUUUCUUGUAUCAGACUUACUCAGAAAUACUGUCUGUGUUUCCAGCAACUGGGAGCCUGGGUGGAGGAACAGACAUCACCAUCACAGGAAACUUCUUUGAUUUUCCUGCCCAGGUUACUGUUGCAGACAUCCCAUGUGAAAUCAAAUACAUCUCUCCAAGGAAGAUUGAGUGUACCACUGGGCCCCUGAAGCAGGGUACAAAGCUCACAUCACCUCAACCAGGCAAUCGAGGACUUCUCUUUGAAGCUGGAGAUGUUCAGGAGGGCCUAGAUCUCACCAACACCACCCCUGGCUACAGAUGGCAGAUUGUUCCCAAUGCUAGCUCUCCAUUUGGAUUCCGGUCAGAGGCAGGGCAACAUUUCAGGGCUCGGCUCAGUGGAUUCUUUGUUGCCCCAGAGACAAAUAACUACACUUUUUGGAUCCAGGCAGAUAGCCCAGCCUCUUUGUACUUCAGUCAAUCAGAAGAUCCAGGGACCAAGGUGAAAAUAGCUUUCAUUCAGGCUGGCAUAGCUGACUGGUUUGAUUCCUGGGAGACUAAUGGGCAUUUGGAGACCUGGCAACAGAAGUCCCCGAAGUUGGAAUUGUUGGGUGGGGCAAAGUACUACCUGGAAGCCGAACACUAUGGCACAACUCCCAGUCAUGGGAUGAGCGUUGGAGUCCAGAUCCACAACACCUGGCUGAAUCCUGAUGUGGUAAACACCUACCGUCGGGAGAAACUCCAGAUCCGAGCCAAUGCUCAGAGGCUCCCAGAGAUACAGAUGCUGAAUGUGACUGGCACAGGAAAAUUUUGUCUCACCUGGGAUGGUGUCUCCAGCCAGCCGGUAACUGUAAAUGCCACCGCUGCUCAGAUCCAAACAGCGAUAGAGGAACUGCUUACAGUAAAAUGCAGACUGGAACCACUUUCAGCUCAAAUUCUUCUCCAUUUUGGAUUUGAACAAGGUCUACAGGAUUCUGGUCCUGAUGGGGACCUCAGCAGUGGGACUGAGCCCUUCUGUGGAAGGUUCAGCAUCCACCAGCCUCAAUACCUUGUCAGAACAUCAGAAGCCAUGCGGAUGAGAUAUCAGCUUGAUCAAUAUACACAUCUGUGCUUUGCAUAUAAAGGUCAUAUGAAUGAUACCAUGAUCAUCUCAGUAUCCUUCACAAGUACAUUUCAUAAGAUUGUAAAGAAGAAGAUUGCCUGUGGAUGGAAUCCAGAGCAGCUGAGGACUGAAAGCUGGAAGUUUGUCUGUCAGGACCUCUGGGAGUCAUGUGUGCGUCACUCUGAGGGCCUCAACCACCAUCUGGCCAACUCCCCUGUGCUGGUGCAUCAGAUUGAUGUGUUUCCCCAAGUCAUUGAGAAGAGCCAGUUCUACAUAGAUGAAAUUAUUGUUGCAGAUAGAAAUUUAGCAGUUUCCCAAAUCAAUUCCAGAACAGCUCGGCCAGGGGGGAAGCUCAUCGAAUCGCUUUCUGUGACUGGAGUCCCACCAACCUACAACAUAACUCUAUGGCUGGCAGGCUGUGGCAGCGAACUCCCUCUCAUUCAGCCUUGCUACUUGCCACGGGAAGAAGCAGAUGAAGACCUAAGAGGGGUCAACGUGACAGUCCAGAGACUGCAAAGGAUAAGCCCACCUUUAGGAGGACAUUUUCAGAUCCAACUUCCCAAGACAGUGAUACCUGGCAUCCCUGUGCACAUUUCUGCUUGUGACCUCCGUGAGCUCUUACAGGGCAGCAACGAUGACUUUGCAGCUCAGCUCUUUGAUGUCAGUGACUUUAAGGUGCAGAAAGAUCUAAACACCUGCUAUGAGCGUGUGUGGACCCUCACCUGGAUGUCCCAAACAGGGGACUUGCCCAAUAUCAUCAGUGUCUCGGCAGAAAAUCUAACUGGUGCAUAUCCAGCUGUGAGUACUCGGGUAGUUUAUGAUGGUGGUGUUUUUCUUGGACCCAUAUUUGGAGAUAUGUUGGUUACUCCCAACACAUACCCACAGGUAACUGUGGGAGUCAAUGAUAUACCUGCUCACUGUUUGGGUUCCUGCUCUUUCCAAUACCAUCAAGAAUCAACCCCAUUGGUUCAAGCUGUCUGGUACUCUUAUGAUGAUGACAUUAACCUGCUGGUCUUUAUCACGGGAUCCAGUUUUCCUGGUGACUCUAAAGCUUUGAAAAUUGAGGUGAAUCAACAGAUCUGUGAAGUCAUGUUCUCAAACCAAACUUAUGUGAUCUGCCAGAUGAGCUUCUUAACAACUGGAGAGUAUCAGGUGGUGAUGCUGGUGAGGCACUUUGGCUUUGCACUCAAUGUCAGUGGAGGAGAGGGCAUCUACUUCAACAUUGAACCCAAGUUGGAAGUAGUGGAACCUUCUGUAGCCCCAGAGAUUGCUGGUGAUAUCACUGAUGUUAUAGGAGGAUUUUGGGCCACUAUCCAAGGAUCUAGUUUGGAAGAAGUAAGCCUGGUGUUAUUUGGGUCUCAACCUUGUCCCAUCAACAUCUCCUCCAGGAACAUGGGAAGAAUCCAAUGCAAAGUCCCUCCUUGGGGGAAUGGUAGUGGAAGGCUUGUGAAUGUGACCAUCAUCACCAGGAACCUGUCAUUAACUUAUCCAGAGGCAUUCGAGUAUACGCCUUCUUUAAAUCCAGCUAUCGUUUCCCUGAGCAGAAAUAGAAGCAACACAGCAGGAGAUCAGACACUUUUCAUUGGAACUACAUCUCUGGUGAAUUAUACAGACCUGGAUGUGAAAGUCCAUAUUCAGGACACCUUGACUCAGAUCUUAAAGCAGGGACCUCAGGGUCUGGAGGUGGCACUUCCCCCCUUGCCAACAGGGUGGCACAGCAUUUCAGUCACAAUGAAUGGUGUCAACAUCAGCUCAGAGGGGGUUGAUCUUCAAAUCCAGUAUAUUACCCAAGUCUUUCAGAUUGAGCCUUGCUGUGGGUCCCUUCUGGGUGGAACCACCCUUACUAUCUCUGGAAUUGGCUUUAGCAAGGAUCCAUCUCUAGUUUCAGUAUCAUUGGGCAACCAGACCUGUAGCAUUGUGAACUCAACUGAAGAGACCAUCUGGUGUGAGACUUCAUCAGCCACUUACUUGCCUGAUACAGAGCCUCAAGCUGUCAUGGUUCCCAUAGAAGUCUCAAUUGGCAAUAUCUGUGCCCCACAUGAUCCCUCAUUUGACUUGGCAAAGAAAAACUUUACUUUUACCUACUGUACAGCUUUAACUCCUUUUGUGACUGCCAUGCAAGGUCAAAUCAGAGGUGACAUUCUGGAGCUACAAGUGGAAGGAAAUAAUAUAUCUAAAUCAAUUGUCCUACUAGGGGACAUGAAAUGUAACCUUGAGCUACAAUCCUUCAGUUUCAAUAGAACUCAGUAUUUCUGUUCCUUACCACUAGCAAAUGUUGAAGCUGGGAUUUAUCCCAUCCAGGUUUUCCAGAAGGAUGUGGGAUUUGCAAAUAUGUCUGCUGUGCCCUACAGUUUUACAGUGUCUCCCCUGGUUACUGACAUCUUUCCCACCCAUGGAUCGGUGUGUGGAGGGACAUUGCUUACUAUAGUGGGCCUGGUUUUCAAUUCCAGAAUGAGUUUAGUACAGGUUGACCUCUCUGGCCCUCAUACUUGUGCCAUCUGGAACUGGAAUGACCACAUGAUCCUCUGCCAGGUUAGCCUUGUGGGGCAUCUCCCUAAAGCAUCACGUGCCCUGAAUGUCACAAUCACAAUUAAUGGGAUAAGCAAUGAGUGCCAAGGAAACUGUACAUUCUAUCUACAAGAAGAGGCAACUCCCAUUAUGGACACAUUGACUACCAGUGUCAGUGGGACUUUGACCACCAUAUUAAUUGGUGGUCAAAAGUUAGCCACAGACACUGAUGAACUGGUAGUUUUGGUUGAUGACCAUCUUUCUUGUGAUAUAACCUUCUAUAAUGCAACUCAGGUGGAAUGUCAUCUAAGUGACUUGGGCCCCGGGCUACAUCACUUCUCUCUUCUGAAUAAGAGAAAAGGCUUUGCUUGCCAACACACCAUACCUUCAUAUUUCACUGUCACUCCUCAGGUGGUUGGAUAUCACCCUCAGAAUUUCAGUGUCAAUGGUGGAGGCCUCUUGACUAUAGAAGGCACAACACUGAGAGGAAGGAAUACAACUUCAGUCCUGGUAGGACACCAACCCUGCCUCACUGUGAAUAUUAGCUCUCUGCUCAUCCAGUGUAUCAUUCCCCCAGGCAAUGGGACAGUUGUCCUGGAAAUAGAAGUUGAUGGGAACUUAUAUGAUGUGGGGAUGAUUGGUUACAGUGAUGCCUUCACCCCAGAAUUACUUUUCAUUCUUCAGACUGAUGGUUUGAUUGUAACCUUCCUUGUGAACCGAACCACUGGUGCUAAGAACAUGCAGAUCUUUAUUGGGGCAUCACCAUGUGUAGGAAUCUUGGGUAACCACACAGUUUUACAAUGCUCCAUUUCUCAGCUUCCUGCUGGGCCAUAUCAAGUCAAAGGCCAUGACCGUCUCAGAGGCUGGGCUUCAUCAACAUUGGUGUUCAUCUCUAAAGUUACCAUUACGUCAAUCUAUAGGAACUUUGGCUGUCUGGGUGGAAGACUACUGCAUGUACACGGAAGUGGAUUUUCUCCAGGGAACAUAUCUGCUGCCGUCUGCGGUGUCCCCUGCCAAAUCUUAGACAAUGCUACAGUGACCGCCUUUAGCUGCCUGGUGCUGCCACUGGAUGCCUCCUUGGCUUUUCUGUGCAACCUAAGGCCCUUGGAGGAAAACUGUGAAGCCACCAAUGCUACCUACAUCCAGUGUGAAUUGAUUGUCAGCAUGGGGACCAGCAAUCUAUUAAGAUCUUGGUCUUAUAUCUACAUGUGUGAAGAAAGUCCUUGGUGUACCUUAACUCUGGACCAUCAGGUAGACUCAUCCCUGGAAUUAUUCUCUGGACUUUUCAUGAGCCCUAAAGUGGAAAGAGAUGAAGUUCUCAUCUAUAAUAGCUCCUGUAACAUUACCAUGGAAACUGAGGCAGAGAUGGAGUGUGAGGCACCUAAUCAGCCAAUUACCGCCAAGAUUACUGAGAUACGGAAAAACUGGGGCCAGAACACUCAGGACUCCUUUCCCCUUCAGGUCUGUCGUAGAUGGUCCAGGGCUCACAGCUGGAUUCCCGAAGGUCGGCCACAAGAUGGCGACAACGUCACAGUGGAGAGUGGCCAAACAUUGCUACUUGACAUCACUACUAGUGUCCUCAGUAUGCUGCAUAUUAAAGGUGGUAAGCUGAUGUUUACUGGCCCAGGACCCAUUGAGCUCCAUGCUCACUGCAUCCUUGUGUCCCAUGGUGGUGAGCUCCAGAUAGGAUCCCAGGAUGAACCUUACCAUGGCAAAGCUCUGAUCCACCUCCAUGGGAGUUCUCCUUCUACCGUCUUCUUUCCAUAUGGAGCCAAAUUUCUCGCUGUGAGGAAUGGAACGCUGUCCCUGCAUGGCCUAAUGCCAGAGGUGAGCUUCACACACCUACGGACUACAGCUCAAGCCAAUGAUACCAUGUUAGCCUUGGAGGACCCUGUAGACUGGCAUCCUGGGGAAGAAGUUGUCAUUAGUGGAGUCACCCUGGAAGGCUCUCAAGGGCAAGAAGAGAUUGCCAUCAUAGACAGUGUGCACGGUGCAGAACUCUAUCUUAAGUCACCUUUGAGAUAUUCUCAUGGCUUUCUAGAACAUAAUAUAGCUGGGCAUCACCUUGCUUUAAGGGCUACAGUGGCUUUACUCAGCAGGAAUAUUGCCAUCCAAGGAUAUCUCACCAGUGAGAGGAUGGCACACCUUGGUCUGUGUACUGAAACCAAGUUUCCAGAAGAUAUCUUCCAGCACUGCUUGUAUUCAAGGAGUAAAAAGAAGCCUGGAUCGAUGGAUCUGGGGGCUGUAGUUACUGUGCAGUCAUUCCCAGGAGAGCCCAGCCAGGUCCAACUGCAGGGAGUCCAAUUUCAGUAUAUGGGACAAGCCUUUCGGAAACACCUGUGUGCACUAAAUGUGAUUGGAUCUAUGAAAGAUUCAUACAUACGGGGCUGUUCAGUGCGGGAUUCCUUCAGCAGGGGCCUUAGCCUGUCCAGUACCUCAAAUAUCAUCGUGAAGAAUAAUGUGUUCUACAACAUUUUAGGCCAUGGGCUAGUAGUGGGGACUUACAUGGAAAUGAGACAUCUCCCUUGGAAGGCUGUCCCCAGAAGAAAAACUGAUUUCUCAAGACAGGGGAAUAUAGUAAGAAGCAAUGUGGUAAUUGGAGUUUUUGGAACUGAAGGUCUUUCUAGUAUUGAGGUGCUGUCACCAGCUGGUAUCUACAUCCAAGAUCCGACCAAUGUUGUAGAGAGAAACAUGGUGUGUGCUGCUGGAUAUGGUUAUUUCUUUCAUCUUGUAACCAGUGAAACUUCGAAAGCUCCCCUCCUGUCCUUCAGUCAGAAUGUAGCCCGUUCCUGUACAAGGUAUGGCCUCCUCGUGUAUCCCAGGUUUGAACCACCACGAGCAAAUGACACUGGUCCCACUUUGUUCCAGAACUUCACAGUUUGGGGAAGUCAAGGUGGUGUUCAGAUUUUCAGAAGUAGCAAUCUUCAGCUUAAAAAUUUCCAGAUUUAUCCAUGCAAAGAUUUUGGGAUUGACAUCUUGGAAAGUGAUGCAAAUUCCUCAAUUACUGAUAGCUUAUUGCUUGGUCAUUAUGCCUCGAAGCAAGGGAGUUCAUGUAUGUCAGUUGGAAUAAAAACCCCUAAGAGACAGGAAUUGUUGGUGUCCAAAACGACCUUUGUGAAUUUUGAUCGAAACAACUGCAUUGCCAUAAGAACCUGCUCGAGCUGCUAUCGAGGACAAGGUGGAUUUACUGUGAAGACUGAACAGCUGAAGUUUCUAAACUCUCCUAACCGAGUAGCAUUCCCAUUUCCUCAUGCAGCUAUUAUGGAAGACCAGGAUGGCUCUGUCUCUGGGAAUAAGGGAAGUUACCUUCUUGCCUCUGCAGAAAAUCUUGCCUCUUCCUGUCAGGUCAACCAAAGCUUUGGUCAGAUUGUCAGGGGCAGUGUUUGUGGCCCAGAUAUAAUCCUCCAUCGCAUGUCUAUUGGCUUAGCUGAAGCACCAGAUGUUGCUUAUGAGUUAACAGUGACUGAUAGUAGAAAUCAGACGACCACUGUCAACUUUGUGUAUGACACGUUGUCAAACCCAUAUGGUUGGAUGGCUCUGCUUUUGGAUCAAGAAACCUACUUGCUGAGAUUUGAGGCUCCUUGGAUUAACAUCAAUCUUCAGUAUUCAGCAACAUUUGAUCAUUUUACUCCUGGAAAUUACCUGCUCAUGGUGCACAAAGAUUUGCAGCCAUAUGCUGACAUCCUGGUGUUGUGUGGGACUAGAGUUGGGCAGUCACUUCUAUCACCUCCAUCUGCCACUCGUGAUAAGGCCUGUGAUUGGUUCUUCAACAGUCAGUUGGGGGAGCUCACUUAUUUGGUUUCAGGUGAAGGCCAAGUUCAACUUACCCUCCUGGUGAAGGAAGGAGUUAUUCCAACAACCUCAGUUCCGUCUGCUGUACCUGAAUCCAUUUUAAAAUGGUCCCAUCCUACAACAUGGCAAGACGUUGAAGAGGGCUGGGGUGGAUAUAAUCAUACGACCCCAGCACCAGGUGAUGAUGUUGUGAUCUUACCCAACAGGACCAUCCUUGUAGACACUGACCUUCCUUUUCUCAAAGGACUCUAUAUUCUGGGAACCCUAGAAUUUCCUGUGAAUCGGAGCAACGUUUUAAAUGCAGCUUGUAUUAUUGUUGCAGGUGGCGAGCUGAAAGUCGGUAAUUUUUCUGAGCCCUUACAGAAAGGAAAAACCCUUUUGAUCCAGCUUCAAGCCUCUGCAGGAGUCUACUGCGAUCGUUUGGAUGGAAUUAAUAUUGCUCCGGGAACUAUUGGGGUUUAUGGGAAGGUACAACUUCAUAGUGCAUACCCCAGGAAGGCCUGGACGCAUCUUGGAGCUGAUAUUGCCUCAGGAAAUGAGAGGAUUCUAGUGGAGGAUGCAGUAGAUUGGAGACCGCAAGACAAGAUUGUAUUGAGUUCUUCAUCUUAUGAACCUCAUGAAGCAGAAAUCCUCACUGUAAAGGAAGUCAUGGGUCAAAAUGUUAGAAUCCAUGAGUGCCUCAGUCACCGACACCUUGGAAGUUCCCAUUCAAUGGAAGAUGGCAGGCACAUUUCUCUGGCUGCUGAGGUGGGCCUCCUGACUCGAAAUAUAAAAAUCCAGCCUGAUGUUCCAUGUGGUGGAAGAAUGGUUGUGGGGUCCUUCCAAAAGCCUAAUGGAGAAGAAUUUUCAGGUACCCUUCAGCUCUCAAAUGUGGAAAUCCAGAACUUUGGGUCUUUGCUGUAUCCGUCUAUUGAAUUCAAUAAUGUAUCUUUGGGAUCCUGGAUCGUCUCUUCUGCUGUGCACCAGAGCUGUGGAGGGGGUAUUCGUGUAUAUUCCAGCAAAAGCAUCUUCUUAUAUGAUAACAUUUUGUUUGACACCAUUGGCCAUGGUAUUGAUCUAGAGGGUCAAAACCACUCUCUCAUCAAGAACCUCAUUGUCCUGACUAGGCAGCCGCAAAGAGCAAUGGACUGGGUGACAGGAAUCAAGUUGAACCAGGUAAAGGAUGUCAACCUCAUUGGGAAUGCUGUAGCAGGAUCAGAAAGAAUUGGCUUCCAUAUCAGGGGCCAUAGUUGUUUGGUGGCUGAAAAUCCUUGGGUUGGAAAUGUGGUCCAUUCGAGCCUUCAUGGACUCCAUCUCUAUAAGGGAGAUGGACUAUACAACUGUACUGGUAUCUCUGGUUUCCUUUCAUACAAGAACUUUGAUUAUGGGGCCAUGUUCCAUGCAGAAAGCAACUUGGAGAUAGAUAAUGUGAUUCUGGUGGACAAUGUUGUUGGUCUUCUUCCAUUAAUAUAUACAUCAUCUACCAAACAGUGUUCCUUAAAGAAGAAACAGAUAGUUCUCAGGAAUUCUAUCAUUGUGGCCACUAGCUCUUCUUUUGAUUGCAUAGAAGACAGAAUUAAACCUCUUUCUGCUGACUUCACAUCAAGGGAUCGAGCCCCAAGUAAUCCCAGAGGGGGUCGGGUUGGAAUAUUGUGGCCUGGAUUCACUGUGGAACCAAACCAACGGCCUCAAGAUGCAUGGCACAAAGUGAGGAAUUAUCCUUCUGUCUCAGGGAUCAUGGAGCUUGAUGGAGUCACCUUUUCUGACUUUGUGAAGAGCUGCUAUAGCAAUGACCUGGAUGUCUGCAUUCUGCCCAAUCCUGAUAGCACUGGCAUCAUGCCCCCAAUCACAGCAGAAAGGACAAAGAUGCUCAAGGUCAAAGAUCAGAACAAGUUCUACUUCUCCUUGCCUAGGCUCAGGAAGGAAACAGGGGAAAUGGUCUGUCCUGAAUUGGACUGUGAAAGUCCAAUAAAGUAUCUCUUCAAAGACCUAGAUGGCAGUGCCCUGGAUCUGCCACCACCAAUUUCUGUUUUUCCAAAAUCCAAGUCAGAAUGGGUUGCAUCCUGCUUCAACACAGGCCACCGGAGCCGGCCGGCAGUUGGCUAA